AUGUCUUCCUCCUCCUUCUCCACUUCCUCUUCCUCCUCCUCCUCCUCGGAGCUGCCCUACUUUUGUCCUCGAUGUGGCGACAAGUUUCGAUUUUCGUCUGUACCCGAGCUCCGGGCUCACCUGGUCAGCCAGCACACGUAUGAGACCCUGCUGGUGCUGUCCCAGGCUCGGGUCAGAAGCUCCAGACCGGGUGUCCUCCUCCCACUCCCCAGCCCUGCUGUAGCCCAAAGACAGAGCUUUUCUCUGGGUGUGGCCGCCCACAGCGUCCCCCUGCAGCUUGCCUGCCUGGAUCUGGCCUCGUCGUCGGCCUCCAUCAAACUGCUGAGGGAAAUGUUCACCUCCUCAGAUCUCGCUCCUCCUGCCGCCUCCACAGGACGUCCAGACGACCCCCUCACCGCCCUGGCCGUGCCCGGCACCCUGGAGCCGAUUCAUGGGAAGGAGCUUGGCGAGGUCCUGGAGUUCCGGCUCUCGGUGGGGAUUGGGCUGGAGGAGCGACUGGGACUGGGACUGAAGCUGGACCACAAAAUUGCCCAGACAUUCGCGGAGGUGGAGGAGAGGGUGAACCGCCGCAUGGGCCGAAUGAAGGUGGCGCUACAGACGAGGGAGGCGGAGCUAGAGAGGGAGAGGCAGGAAGGGGAACGACUGAGGAGUGAAAAGCAGGAAGUGGAGGAGAGGGCGGCGUACUUAUCCAGACAGGUCUCGGCUGCCGUGGAGAUGACGGAGCGAAUAAAGAAAGAUCUGCAGGGAAAAGAGAAGGAGCUGAACGAGCAACAACAAGACAUGGUCGACAUCGAACGUUUUCUGAGGGAGACGGCGGAGAAAGAAGCAGAGGCCAAAAGCAGACUGCAGAUGUUCAUCGAGUCGCUGCUGGAACGAGCCGACCGGGCAGAGAGACAGUUGCUGCAGCUCAGCUCACACAGGCAACGCAACCACUACACGCACCACAACGACAAAUACACACACACAGAUGUGUACGCAGACCCGUACACACUCGCAGAGGUUUACACACCUGCACCUGGGCGACGAGGACGCAGCCUGGACGGCAGCAGUGACAGCGUCAUCACAGACAAGAUGCAGGAUCCCAUCGGCAACCGGAGGAGUUACAGUGUGUCCGACUCCUGCAGACUUGACGAGCAGCCUCACAGCCUCCCUCACUACAGUCGUCUCUCAGGGGGGAUGCGGACCUCGUCGCUGGGUUUGGGGGGGUGGGACUGUGAGGGGGGGUCGUUCCAGCACCAACCCCGUCACUACCCCCCGCCCUGGACCCGACAAGAGAGAUUCUGGGUCGGGGAUGGAGGAGGUGAUAGAACGUGGAGCAACAGAAACCGUCGUCACCACAGCACUGAAGAAGAAGAGGAGGAGGAGGAGGAGGAGGAGGAGGAGGAGGAGGAGGAGGAGGAGGAGGAGGAUGAAGAGGAGCGAAGUUGGAGCAGCGCUGACAUGAGGAGGCUCGUAUUUGCCAGGACACACACACCUGGUUCAGACGUCCCCUCCUCCAUAGGCUCCACCCCUUCCCGUUGUCAUGCCGACAGACAGCUGGCGGCGGCCACCUUGAGGCUGAGAGCUGGCCUUUUCUGUGUCCUCCCAUAUUUGGACGUGCACUCGUUGCUGUGUGCGGCUGCGGUGUGCACUGAUUGGCGGUUCGUUGCCAGGCACCCGGCGGUUUGGACACGCCUCCGGCUGGAAAACGCCAGGGUGUCGCCCGAGUUCCUGAUCACCCUGUCUCAGUGGUGUACACAGACUCAGACGAUGGUUCUCCACUACCUGAGGCCACGGAGCAGACGAGCCAAUGAGACGCGAGACGAUUACCACAGGAGCACCAGGGGCAGUCUGGAGCCGGGGGUGGAGGCUCUGCUGCGGUCAGCAGGGGGCAGUCUACUCCACCUGUCUGUCUCUCAGUGUCCUCACAUCCUCACAGACCGGACGCUGUGGUUGGCCAGCUGCUACAGCCGCAACCUGCACACGCUCACAUACAGGAGUUCUUCAGAUCCUCUCUGCCAGGAGGUUCUCUGGGCCCUGGGCGCCGGCUGCAGGAACAUCAGCAGCCUGCAGGUGGCGCCAGCUGAGCCCUGCCAACAACCCACACGAUUUGGAAACCGUUGCUUGCAGACGAUUGGUCGAUGCUGGCCACACCUCUGCUCCCUCAGUGUGGGCGGGGCCGGCUGUGGGACCCAGGGAUUGGUUGCUGUUGUGCGAACCUGCGCUCACCUGCAGGUGUUGGAGUUGGAGUGCAUUACCGAUCUCAGCCUGCAGGUGGCGACGGAGCUGUGUGAAGCCGGACUGAAGAGUCUACAGACGCUGAUCCUGACACACACACCUGUCAGUGGUCAGGCCAUCCUGCACUUCCACAGCGUGUGUGAUAACCUCGGGUCCAUCUUGGUCGAGGUCUCAGCCUCAGAUUACUUCGAGGAGCCGGACACUGAAGAAGCUCAACACCUGUUUGGAGAAAUUCUCAGCACAUUGAAGGUUCUUCAGCAGCGUCCUGGACUGUGUGAGGUCCUGCAGGUUAAAGCUAAAGGAUUCUGCUGACCUCAACACACACACACACACACACUUUGUUCUUUUAUACCUGUGAGGACGUGUUCAGCCACAAACAGAAGCAGUUGAGACACAUCACUGUCUAAAUGCGUAACACAACUCUUAAUGCUCUUAAAUGUGUCACUAACACUUUUUCUCCAAACACAUUUACGUCGUUGUUGCACUUUUUAAAGAUCUUCUCCCUGAACUUAAACACUUCAUAUCCCUUAACCUUUGAUAACAAUUUCAAUUACAAUUAAACCCUCUUUAAUUCUUGUUUAACAAACUCAAAAUAACCCUUAAUCUCUCACUAGCUGUUAGUUUUACGUAUGCACCCUUUAAAACGAC